AUGAUCAAUGGAAGAGCCUCCAGCAAGGAUGAAGUUGGUGAUAAAAGGAAGUUUGAUGGAUUUCCAAGGUCCAACAAGAGGAGCAAGUUUGGUUCAAGGAUAUUUGAAGGAGAAGGAGAAGGAGGCAAAGCUAAGUGGUGUGAGAAGUGUAGAAAGAAACACUUCGGUAAAUAUAGUGAAGAGUUGACUUGCUACAAGUGUGGAAUGAUUGGGCAUUACACUAACGAGUGCACAUCCAACAAGAGGGUGUGCUAUGGAUGUAACGAAGAUGGGCACAUUUCGAAAGACUGCCCGAAUAAGAAGGAGGCACUAAGGCCUAAUGUUCCGCCAAAGCCAAAGGCAAGAGCAUUCCACAUGAUCCUCGAUGAAGAAGGUGCCAAUGCAAUAGAUCGUGAGUGA